GUUUUGGAAUAUGAAUAGAACACAUUGGUAUUGUCACUUGCAAAUUUUAACACUUGUAGUCUUCAUUAUAUUAAUGAAUUUGAGUUUUAUGAGGAGAUGAUUUCGAAGUACAUGUUAUUAAUGGGCUUAAUUUCACAUAACAUAGUUUAUUCAAUCAAUAUGUAUUUUGAAAGGCCAUUCAUUCCAUACUAUUAUUCGAUUCCAAACAACAAUGUAUUUCAGACCUUACAAAACAGCUUUGGAACUUUCAACAACUUCGGUAAUUUUUACAAGAAACAAGACGUUCAAUGGAAUCAAGGAAAUAGGUUAUCGCAACUACCAGAAAUAGUAAAACAAAAUAAUGAAGAGCAUAAUAUACGUCAAAGUACUUUUGGGGAUAGACAACUUGAACCACGGCGUGAAUAUUUAAUAAAUCACCACCUUUGGAACAUCCAUGCACAACAAGCCCUUUUGCAACGUCAUCAUUUAGAAAAACAAAAACAAUAUCAACAAUAUUUACAAAAACAAGAAGAAAUUAAAAAACAUCUUGACCAUCAAGAAAAACUGACAAAAGAAAAAACGUUGAAGAAAAAGUUUUCACAACGUUCAAAGUUUUUACAACGACUUUACUAUGAAAAUUUGCUGCAUCGUGAAUUUGAUGAAAAUGAACUUGAAAUGCAUAAAAAAACAUCUGACGAAACCUAAUAUAAUUAAAUUAAAUAAUCGUUUAAUACAAAAUAAAGUUAUGUAGAAUUGAAUGCAUGAACUGUGUGUUACAAUCAUAUUAUAAUUUAAAAAUAGGCACUGUACUUUUAUUUAUCAUGCAAUUUUAAUUAUAAAAAUCGUUUUAAUAAAAUUUAAAUUAAUAUCACUAUAUUAUAAUAGAACAUUUUUAUAAACCGAAAUAGAUUAGAAACAAUAUAUUUUUAUUGGAGUUGUAUUUACAUAAACCAUAAUAUUAUUAACCUCGUCAAUAUUUCACAGUAAU